UACAACAAAGAUCAAAUACAAUAAUUCGAAUUGAAGAGUCUUAAAGCUCUAUUUAUGAAUAUUUAUUUUAGACGUUGGCUAUUUCUCGAUUUACGGUAUUCCAACUGAUGUUAAACAUGUUGCUCAUAUUGGUUGGGAUUUAUAUAUAUUGUACUUGGUAUACAGUUCACUGGAGAAUUGCAUUUAUGAUUUCCAUUGUUUAACAGCCUGAGCAUCAACAAUUCAUAGUUGAUGCUGGAGCGCUUCCUCAUCUGGUUGCUCUGCUUAAGAGGCGCAGGGAUGACCAGAAUGUUCGAACAGUCAAUGGUGCCAUAAGGAAAGCAGCGGAUGCAAUCAGCAACCUUGCUCAUAAAAAUAGCAGCAUCAAGACCUGUGUUAGAAUUUACGUCAAACACUUGAUGAUCUGACACGUAAUGGGUUUUCAGUAGGCUCUCUCAUGACAGCAAUGGUAAGGAAGAACUUGGUCAACAAGUUCAACCAUUUGUUGAAAGAAGGAAAUGUGUAUAUUUUGAAGAAUUUCAAGGUGGUUGAGAAUUCUGGCGCCUUCAAGGUCAUUGACUCAAAAUUGAAGAUUAUGUUUACACUAUUAACCAAGGUGGAAAAACUUGAUACCUAUGUUCCUUCUAUCCCUAUGCAUGGGUUCCAACUUGCAAGUGAGAAAACAGUUAAUGACCGUCUCAACGAUGACAACAUACUCACAGAUAUUAUUGGUUGUUUAACUGCUGUUGGAGAUGUUGAGACUGUGAGGGGUGGGUUUCGAAAAAGAGACUUGGAGAUUAUAUCGGAAUUUUACUUUAUGGGGAGCUCUUGGUGAAACUUUUGAUGAUUCCCAAUUAAAGCAAAAGUCGGGUGCCACUUUUAUUAUCAUAAUUACUUCUACCCGAGUCAAAAAAUUUCAAGGCGUCCUAAACUUUGCAACUUCAAGUGCAAGCAAARUGUAUGUUAAUCUCAACACCGACUAUGUGCUGGCCUUGGCUGACAUAUUUGCUAAUGUUUGUCCUCGACUACACUUGGGAGUGUCUUCUGGUAAGGUGAAGAGAACGGUGGAAGAGGAGAUGUUUGAGAAUCGGAUGAACAUUCAACAGCUGUUGCAGGCAGAGUGGAGCAACAAACUAAAAGGUUACAUCAUAACCAUCUUGGGAGUUAUUGAACAUAUUGAGACACAAUAUGGAUGGUUCUAUUUAGGUUGUCAAGGAUGUUGUAGAAAAGUCAAUCCUAUUGACGGUGUCUACAAAUGUGCUUCUUGCAAUGUUGCGUACAAGAAUGCUUUGACAUUGUUCAAGUUACAUUUGUCUGUUCGGGAUGACACCGGUGUUGUCAAUUGUGUUGUCCUUCACAAACUUGCUGAGAGGAUGGUAGACUCUUCUCCUUUGAAGCUGGUAAACAAAUCUGAUCCGGACAAGGACAACUUACCACGCGAAAUUACUUCCCUUUGUGGGCAAAAAUUUGUGUUAUGCCUGCAAUUGUCUGAUUAUAAUAUCAAACACGACAGCGAUAUCUUUACCGUCUCUAAGGAUUUUAAUCCAGAUUAUGUUCUAGAAAAAGAAUACAAGCCUGUUGACUCAACCACGGAGACGGCUUUGAGUGACAUGAAGAAUUUGGAUGAUAUUGAUGGGACCCCGCCGUGUAACAAUGCUACUCCAACCACUACACGUAAAAGAAAGUUUAUUGUCAACGAUGAUGACGAGUCAAACGAUUGAUUAGUGUUUAAUUUAGUGUGACAAUUUCUUAUAAUUGAUAGUUUUAUUUAUUAUAGUUUGAAUAACUUGGAUGAUUAAUUUUUUAGCAUUA